AUGGUAUCUGACUUCUCAUCCUCCGAGUACUGGUCGACCCGUUUCGAAAAAGAGCGGUCAUUCGAGUGGCUGGCGAGCUCGAAAGCUCUCGGUCCGGUCGUCCUUGAUCUCGUCAAGGAGCUCGUGCGCUCUCGGUCGUCCGUCCCAGCGGCAGCUGUCUCCGCAGCUCCAAAACGGCCCAUCGGUCCCAAUGAGGAGGACCCACCCAUCAACAUCCUCCACUUCGGCUGCGGCACCUCCACCCUCGGACCUUACCUCGCCCGCCUCCUUCAAACUGAGCACAUUAACGCUCAAGUCGUGGAUGCAGACUACGUCGCCGAGUCUAUCGUCGCGGCCGGACCUGCUCUGCCCCGGUCGGCAGCGUGGCAAAGCGCCCGUGCAAGUGGGUCAGAGGGGAGUGAGGUUGAGGUCCCGCUCAUCAGUCUGGAUGUGCUGGAUCUGGGGCAGUUGAAGGAUACGGCGCCGGCGGGAGGGUGGGAUCUCUUGGUGGAUAAGAGUACGGCGGAUGCUAUUUCGUGUGGGCCGAGUCUACCCAGGCAGAGGGGUCAAGGAGGCGAAGAGGAAGAGGACCUCGUCGAGCCCAUUCACAUCCUCUGCGACAAUCUCGCUAGCGUUACCCGGACAGGCGGGAGGUGGCUCUGCAUCUCUUACUCGUCAUCCCGGUUCGACCACCUCGGACCUAUAACGCACGGGCCGGGCGCAGAGUCUGCGUCAGACUCGAGCUCAGCCUGGAGAUUGGUCUCGAAAAUACCGGUGGAUGGGGCGUAUACGGGCGAGCCGUCGACGCUGUCAGAUGGGAAUGGCGGGAAGAGGGUGGUCUAUGCGCCAGAAACGAAUGUGUGGGCGUAUGUUUUGGAAAGGAAGUAG